AAGGAUUAUACUCUCUCAUUUCUUAGUCAUAUUUAAGGUCAGUAGUAAUGAUUAAGGAAAUAAAAAUGGAAUACACUACUUUUAAAAUUAUACUAUCAAUUUUUUGAAGGAAAUUUUUUUUGUCAGACUUUACUUAAUCAUCUUGCUACUGAAUUCAGACUUUACUUAUUUAACAUUUAAUAUUACAUUUUUCGGCCCCCUGUCUCAUCAAUUUCUGGAUCCGUCCUUGAACACAACAAACCUUCACAACAGAGAGAGAUGAGAGUGAAGUCUGAUGAAUGGAGAAUGACCUUAGUUGAUAACAGAGGUUGGUCGAUGGCGAUGAUUGUUCAAUAUGUGGGGGGAUGAGGUUGCUAUGGGUUGUGGCCAGGUGGGUGGCAGAGAUGCAUCAUCAACCAUGUAAGUGGUCGGAAGCUCAAAUAAGAGAACAACAAAUAGUUCAUAUAAAUAGUGCAUGGUGCAAAACAUACCUUACUAUUGCACAUUAGGCAAAGCCUAAUAGACCAUUAUACAUGUACCUUCAAAUUGUGUUAAUAUUGACUAUGAAAGUGAAGGAAAGGUAGAAGGAAAAUCAAUCAAAACAUUUCUUAUAUUUAUUUUUGGUACAUUCACUUUUUAUUUAUUAUACUACUAUAAAAUAUAAAAAUGUGUAUGUAGACAUAUAAUAUUAUUAGGGUAGGUGUGGUGUGAGAUUUGACCGAACGACCACAAAUACCAUCCCUUCAAGACUUGGUACACUCUUUCAAUAAUAUUUAUACCCCUUAACCACCCUUCAUUUCUUUCUCAGCUUGACGUUCCCUUCUCCAAAAGAGAACAACCAAGCUUUAAACAUUCAAUUCAAUUAUUUGCUUUUAACACCCCCCCUCACAAAUAUGCACACUCUAUCUCCACCUCCGUCUUCCAACACUCUCAAUUUCAACCACAUAACACGGCCACGUUUAACCCCAAACCGGUUCGGUCCGACCCGUGUUUCUAUCAAAUGCGCUUACGGUUUAAACCAAGGAAGCUACGGUUUCGGUUCAAGCCGAGCCGAUUGGCAAAGCUCAUGCGCUAUCUUAUCUAGCAAAGUCGAUUCACAAGAAAAACCUUCCACCGCCGCCGGCGCCGAUAACAUCGCCGCCAUCAACGGUCAUAAAACUAACAUCACCGAUCUACAACUUGUUCCAAUCGGAAACAUCGGCGGUGGAGAAAUUGAAGCCGUUUCCAAGCCGCUUCUAUCAAAGCCGUUAACAAUCUCCGACUUAGCUCCAGCUCCGAUGCACGGCUCAUCUCUUCGCGUCGCGUACCAAGGCGUUCCCGGAGCUUACUCCGAAGCCGCCGCCGGAAAAGCUUAUCCGAAUUGCGAAGCAAUUCCAUGUGACCAAUUCGAAGUAGCGUUUCAAGCGGUUGAGCUUUGGAUCGCCGAUCGUGCCGUUCUACCGGUUGAAAAUUCACUCGGAGGUUCAAUUCAUCGGAACUACGAUCUUCUCCUCCGUCACCGUCUUCACAUCGUCGGCGAAGUUCAACUUCCGGUACAUCACUGUCUCCUCGCUCUUCCAGGAAUUAGAAAAGAAUAUCUAACACGAGUAAUCUCACAUCCACAAGCUUUAUCUCAAUGCGAACACACUUUAACGAAACUUGGUCUUAACGUUGCACGUGAAGCUGUCGAUGACACAGCAGGUGCCGCAGAGUUUAUUGCAACUAAUAAUCUCCGCGACACAGCUGCCAUCGCCAGCUCACGUGCGGCCGAGCUAUACGGUUUAAAUAUAUUAGCAGAUGGAAUACAAGAUGAUCCGAGUAACGUAACCAGAUUCGUUAUGUUAGCAAGAGAACCAAUAAUUCCGAGAACUGAUCGUCCAUUUAAAACAAGUAUUGUUUUCGCUCAUGAUAAAGGAACUUCAGUGCUUUUUAAAGUGCUUUCAGCUUUUGCGUUUAGGAAUAUUAGUUUAACUAAGAUUGAAUCAAGGCCUCAUCGUAACCGUCCGAUUAGACUUGUUGAUGAUGCUAAUGUUGGAACUGCGAAACAUUUUGAGUAUUUGUUUUAUGUUGAUUUUGAAGCUUCUAUGGCUGAAGUUAGAGCACAAAAUGCGUUGGCUGAAGUUCAGGAGUUCACGUCUUUUUUAAGAGUUUUGGGUAGUUACCCUAUGGAUAUGACACCAUGGACUCCCUCUAGAGAUGAUUAAUUAUUUAUUUAUUUAUUUUUCUUUUUUAUUAUUCCAACAAAAAAUGUUAAGAUAUUUGUAAACGUGUAUGAACCUUUUUGUGAAUAAAAGACAAAAGCUCAUUAUUUAUUUUAA